UCGAGAAAACCCGCAGGGGGGGUUGAGGCGCGGCGGUCGACGUAAAAAACGGGUUCGCCUAGCUAUAGUUGCUGCCUUGACCAGCUAAUCUCUUGUGCGGUGAAGGGCCCGGUAUAAGGGCAGUAGUGCUCUUUUAGUGCCGCGUGCGCGCGAGCGCGACCGCGCGUUUGCGAUGGCCGAGCCUCCGCCGAACCCGCUCUCGGCGGCCAUGGCGCACGAACUGAAUGGCAACGCCGUCGCGCCGCUCUUUAGCGCCGCGCCGGGCGCCGCGCCGGCGGCGGCCAUCGACCUCGAUGAUGUUUUCGCCGACUGUUUCUUUGGCAGGGAGGGCGACGCGGACCUGCUGGACGACAUCGCCGCGGCGGCGCCGGCCGCGGCGCCGCCGCCGCCCCCGCCGCAGAAGAAGCGGAGCCGGGCGGCGCCGGCGGCGUCGGACAUGACCGAAGCGCAGCGCGACGAGCGGCGCGAGCGCAACCGCGAGCACGCCAAGCGGUCGCGCGUGCGCAAGAAGUUCCUGCUCGAAUCGCUGCAGCAAUCGGUCAACGCGUUGCAGUUCGAGAACGACAAGCUGCGGACGGCGAUCCGCGAGAAGCUCGGUAGCAGGGCCGACGAGUUAUUGCGGGAGGCCGGCGGCACGACCGCGAAGUCGCUGAUCGCGCGGGACCCGGCGCAAGCCACCAGGGUCCUGGACGACCCCGACUACUCCCUCGUCAAGGCGCUGCAGACCGCGCAGCAGAACUUCGUGAUCACGGACCCGAGUUUACCGGACAACCCCAUCGUCUUCGCGUCCCAGGGCUUCCUGACGCUCACCGGCUACGCGCUCGAGAGCGUUCUCGGAAGGAACUGUCGCUUCCUGCAGGGCCCGCGGACGGACCCCCGAGCCGUCGCCAAAAUACGCAAGGCGGUCGACGAGGGCUACGACACCAGUGUGUGUUUAUUGAACUACCGCAUCGACGGCAGCACGUUCUACAACCAAUUCUUCGUGGCGCCGCUGCGGGACGGCGCGGGCAACGUCGUCAACUACGUGGGCGUUCAGUGCCAGGUCACGGACCAGUUCGCCGCGGCGCUCGAGCGCGAGGCGCGGCAGGCGUCCUCCUCUUGAAGGUUUCGCGCGUAACGCAACUGACUCCCCCCGGACCCCUCCUCUGCCACCCACCUGGGUAGGGCGACAAGCUGAGAACUUGAAUACUAAAGGGCAGUACUACUAGUAGUAGUGCCCGGCGCGCGGUCAUCCUGGGCACAGUGGGGAAGUUUACGCAGGCUGGAUCUGCCCACGGCCCGAGGUGUGUCA